AUGGCUGCUGCUGCAAAUGCUGCUAGGGCUGUUAAAGCCGUUGAACUUGGAUCUUUUCCAAGCUAUACUAUUGAUGGCGUUUUGCCAUGGUCAUCUUGGCUCACCAAGUUUGACAAGAUUUACAAUACUCGUAGACCACUUAACGAUCCACAAGAUCGUGUAAAGCUGGCUACUAUAACCAACUACUUGCAUCCUCAAGUUGUACGCACCCAGUCCUCUGGUGAUAUGAGAGGUACUUUUGAAACUUGUACUCAAUCCAGCCAGUUGAGGGAAAUUGAUGCAAAUCAAGCCCCUAAUGAUGAACAGCUCCGAUCUCGUUUUUAUACCGGAUUAAAUGGGAUAUCGAGUGGGUGUUCGUCUGCUUCAUCUCUGGUUUGUACAUCGUCAACAGACGGAUCUGGCGCAUUGAAACGUGCAUCCGGCAGUGGCUGGUCGAGACUGCUAGAUGCUGUAGCAGGGGUUGCUGGAGAAGCCGAGACUUCACUCGCAACUCGUAGAGAAACACACCGACAGAAUGGUGUCAAGGCUGCAUUCAUAAUCCGCCAGCAUGUAGCCCAAUCUAUCUCAUCUCAACUUCCUAUCACUUGGUCGGCCUAUGCUAUGAUGCAACAUCUGACGACUCAAUAUGGUGGAUCAACUGCAGUCAAUCUAGUAGUCAAAUGGGAAGAGCACACCAACUUUAGUACUCUUCCUUCCGAUACUCCUACUUCCAUCAUCUCCAACAUAAAGAAAAUUCAAAAGGAUAUCGAUGAUAUAUGUGAUGCUAAAGGAAUCACUAUUCGAGCUCAAUUCACCAAAGUAAUGAGCAACCUUCUCUUGUUGAAGGUCUUAGAUACCCCCGUCUAUGGUGUAUUACGUCAACUCCUACUCUCCGCCUAUAAUGCUCAAAUGGCUGCCAACAAUAGUCGCACCUCAGAUAACAUCAAUGUUUAUAAGAAGCCAGAUACGAAUCGUAAUACUCGCACCUUCAAGUCGCCCGCAACUUUAGUAUGCUUUAGAUGUUGGGAUAUGGGCCAUAGCAGCUCUAGGAGUGGAUGUGAAAAUGCUGUUAGGGCCUUCCCAGGGUUUUCUGAUCAGGCCAAGGACCCCAAUAUUGGACAUAAAAAUGUAGCCGUAUGCGUCCAAUGUUGGAAGUCUGGACAUCGUAAAUCGGAAUGUAUUGGAACAUCUAGACCAUUCCCUGGUAUCAUCCAAGUAACAGGGGCUGCCACUAUUAGUCGAAACGAAUCUUCUAAUUGGUUGUUGGAUGGUGGUGCUUCUCAUCAUAUGACUGGUGAUGCUUCAUGUCUUGUUGACGGUCGACCAAUCAACAACCGUGUCUUCGGUAUUGGUAAUACAUCUCUGAAGGUUACUGGUAUCGGUCGAGUCAUUGGCCGU